AUGCAGCCUUCUAUCCCACAAGGCCAAGACUCGAAGCGGCCGGCUCAGGCCCGACCACGCGCGACCAGCGUCGGUACGAUUGAGCCCAAACCGAGCACCCACUCUCCGAAGAAACAUGGUCCACGACCGCCAAAGAACCGGAACCCUCAGUCGAACAAGAAACAGCACGCUCCUCCGGUCUGGGAGGAUGCAAUCAACCGAGACGAGAUCGGCGACUUCGGUCCCGAUGGCCAGUUCAUUGACUCCUCCACGGCCACCAACAAUGCCGCAACCCAUGGGCGACCGGCGAAUAAUAAACCUCCGAAGAAAUACGGAAAGCGAAAGGACCCCGCCGCUUGGCAGGACACCCAGGUGACGAAGGAGGAGACGGGUUAUUUCUCUGCCGAUGGGCGGUAUAUCGACCCGAGCGCCCAUGCGACCGAGCAGGCAGCCGUAUCCGAUAGCGCAGCGAUGGCCCCCAAUCCUCGAAAGAAGCCGAUCAAGCACGUGAACGGCCAAUCCUCAAUCGACCUCUCGUCCCCGUCCAAAGGUGCCGGUCCCGCUGAUCCGAAGAAAAAGCCGCUGUUCACUCCGGCAAAGGCACAGGCGUAUGCAGGACCCGGGUUCCACGCUUCUCCGGCAGCUUCGGCGUUACCGAUCCCAAAGUUCUUUUCCAAGUCCGUUCCGAACGGUGGUCAGAACGGGCUGCAAAGCCGACUUGACAGUGAAACGGAGCAAGCGGAAGCGGAGGCUCCAAUGGAAACCAUCGAAAUCCCGAUUGCGGGUCCCGCGAAUCCCGGAAAGGCGGUUCCCAGCGAGGAAUCUCCCUUGGAUUUCUUCUUCAACGCUGCCCGCAAAGAACGAGCCAACGGACGCAGUGUGAGCGGGCUUCCUACACCGACUUCCACCGAGCCUCUUGCUCGCCAGUCCGAACCUCCGAAGAACCACUACGCCGCUAUCUACGGCGGCAACCUCCGUAACCAUGCCCGUCACGCCUCGCAUGGCUCGAACAACAAGGAGAUGUUCAUGAUGGAGCUUGACGGCGCGAACACCGCCGUCGAUUCCCCUUCACGACCCGCUCCACAGCCGAAACCGCACAACAACUCGGUCCGCUCCAUCCCACCCAUCCCAUACCCUCGCGCCAAGUACUCCGGCUCCCCGUCGCACGAACUCCCCGCUCGCAACCCCUCCCCCCUGGCUUCCCCACCCCCCUCUGUCUCCCACGGCCUGCCCACCCGCGCCCCCGAACAACCCCCCUUCUACCGCGGCACCCCCCACCUCCCCCGCAGCGCCUCCGGCCCCAGCACCCCCUCCCCCUCCACCACCCCCCAAAACCCUCAACUCCCACCCAAUGGCUCCAGCCCCUACCACUACGGCAACCGCAACCUGUCUCCACUCUUCAAAGCCGCCGCCGCACCCGGCCCCACUUCCCCCCCCACCAACUCCAAACGUACCUCUCUCCUCCGCAAUGUCGCCCUCCCCACCGUCGACCACUCCCCCUCCCGCCCUUCCCGUCCCGCCGCCCCUGACCGCCGGUCCGACGACGAAAUCCGCCGCAUCAGCACCCAGUACCUCGAGCAGCAGUGCAAUCGCGAUGCGCCCGACAUGCCGCCGAUCGACCUUGCGGCCGUGGCACGGAAGGAGCCAAUCGAGUUGGGGGAGUCGUCGCCGACGAAGGCACAGGGAGAGGGGACGAGGGAUAUCCGGCGCUUGGAGGAGAGUUUGCGGAAGAUGUUGGAUUUGAAGAAGUGA